AUGAGUGCAAAGCUGUGGACAGAGGAGCAGUUUAACUGCCCCGUGUGUCUGGAUCUGCCAAAUGAUCCUGUCACCAUCCCUUGCGGUCACAGCUACUGCAUGGCCUGCAUUAAGGACUACUGGACUAAAGAUGACCCCAAAGGGAUCUACAGCUGCCCUCAGUGCCGUCAGACCUUCUGCCCCAAGCCCUCCCUGUCCAGGAACACCAUGCUGGCAGAGGCUGUGGAGCAGCUCCGCAAAGGAGCCCUCAAAUCUGAAGUGCGUGAAUCCAUGCGACUCGCCAAAGAGAAGCUUUCCUCCUCGGUCGUACCAUGUGACAUGUGCAAAAAUGAAAAACGAGCUGCAGUCAAGAGCUGCCUGGUGUGUAUGAGCUCCUACUGCGAGGCCCAUCUGAAGCCUCACCAGACAAAGAAAUCCCUAAAGCAGCACGAGCUCAUCCCACCGACAGGCAACCUGGCCGAAAAGAUCUGCACCCAGCACAAAUACCUGCAGGAGUUCUUCUGCCGACAGUGCAAGAUGUUCAUCUGCUGGCUGUGCACCAGCAACCAGCACAAAGGCCACGAGAGCGUGUCCACCAAGGUCGAAAGGCUGGAGAAGCAGAAAUUGCUGUCGGACCUGCAGUCAGCGACCCAACAGAAGCUGAGAGAGAGAGAGCAGGAGCUGAAAGACAUGAAGAAGAUGAUGGAGCAGAUGAAGCGUUCUGCUGAUGUGGUGCACAAUGAAGCGGAGCAGGUGCUGUCGGAGCUGCUGCGCUCCAUGGAACGUCUUCAGGAGCUGCUGGAGGAGGUGAUGGAUCAGGCCAACCAGGAGAAGAUGGGCCAUGCACAAGAAGUUACAGAUAGUCUGGAGGCUGAGAUCAAGGAGCUGAAGAAAAGAGACACUGAGAUGAAGGACCUGGCAAGCUGCGAAGACAACAUCUACUACCUGCAGACGUACGAGUCUAUGUGCAGUCCUCUUGAGUCUGGGGAUCUGCCAGCUGUGAAAGUCAAUCACGAGGCUUCCUUUGAGCCUGUACGAGAUGCCAUCCUGGGUCUCAGGGAGCGAGUGGAAGAUCUAUGCAACCAGGAGCUGGGCAAGAUCACUAAACAAGUGAAUGACACAACACUGUUCGCUCUGGGAGACUCCAACCGAAGCGGACAGAAAGGAGGGAUUUUAAAAUUGUUUUCUGGUCUCAGUGCCCGCAACACAAGCGCCCGUCCACAGGCUUCUACACCCACGAUCUCAAUUGGAGGGCGAAGUACAGACAAACGAGGACUUGGUAUAGGACUCAGGACUCAAGAUGUGAGGAGCAGAGACACAGCACGAGACAGAGCUAACACAAGCUCACCCAGACUGCGGGACAAACAGAGGAGAGAAGACAGAGAUGCAUUGAGGGAGCCUAACCCCAGAGCCAGCACCAGAUCCAACAUCAGCAUCGGGUCCAGCAUCAGCCACAGACUGAGCCCCAGAGCUAGCCCCACCCCCAGCCGCAGAGAAUCUCAGUCACUCUGGAGUAGGUCUAGCCAGAGCCAGGCCACAACUCCUACUCCAGUCCCAGCCAGCCUGACUCCUGCUCCUACGCCUGCUCCUGCUCCAGCACGGGCAUCUACUGGACAUUUUAGUCGAAUGGCGUCGAUCAGCAGCAUCUUCCGCUCCAAUCGCCGUGGCACCAGCCAGGCUACUCCAGCCGCACAGGCCAGCAACACACCGGCCGCAGGAGGAAAUCCAUGGGGCAUGGCUGAGCUGUCUGAAACUCCCACAGAAAUUAACCCCGGUCUCUUUUUGGAUACGCCCACUCCGGACUCCAUGAAUCACGCUCCGGCUUUCCCCGCCUUGAGAGAAAUCAGCCUUGACAGUAUUCAGGCCCCGGAGCCGAGGACUAGAGAGGAGUUCCUGCAGUACUCAGUGAGCUUGACCCUCGACUCCAACACGGCCCACAGGCAGCUGACGCUCUCUGAGAACAACACUAAAGCCGCCCUGCAGGGGACAGCCCAGCUUUACCCCGACAGCCCCCGGCGUUUUGAUGGCUGGACCCAGGUGAUGUGUGACAGCCCGCUGUAUGCCCAACGCUGCUACUGGGAGGUGGAGUGGAGAGGCCGGGGCUCCUCAACCGGCAUAGCUUACGGGGCGAUGGCCAGGAAGGGCUCGGACGCCAGGUCAGGCCUCGGAUACAAUGCCCAGUCCUGGACCCUGGAGCUGUCGGACACCUGCUGCACAGCCAUGCAUGACAAUCAGAAAAAGGACAUUCCGGUCGUGUACUGCCCCCGUGUGGGCAUUUACCUGGACCUGUCCGCGGGAACGCUGUCGUUCUACAGCGUCGCAGAGAGCAUGACCCACCUCCACACCUUCCGAGCCAACUUUACCCAGCCGCUUUAUGCCACCUUCUGGGUGGGGAGCGGAAUCGGGGUUGGGCUAGACUUCAGUUCAAGUUCUGAGAGCAUCAAGAUCUGCCCCCUGUGAAGACCAGAGAGUUGGUCAUUCACUGACUGACUUCAGAGCUGAACACAGGAAAAACACAAGUGUUCGUGCUAAUUGUUAGAAUGACACAAUGACUGAAAUUAUUUGCCAAGUCAUCUAUAAAUAUAUGUAUGUGUGUAUAUGUGUACAUAGCUUAAAUGCACUUAGUUAGCUUCUACUAUUCACAAAAAACAGGAGAU